GAGUGUUUUUAAAUCCAUGCUGAAAGAUUGUGUUCUUUCUCUGGAAGCCAACCAUUUGACCAGAGAAGUAAACAGUCGAGUCUUGAGCCUGUUCAGACCCGAACACUCAGAUUGUGUCAUUGUCAGCGCUGCAGUGUUUUAGUACAACUAGGCCAACGUUGUCGCUCAAGAUGAGAAUCUAGAAGAGUCCUGGGUUGAACCAAGUGACACACCCCACGGCGGGGUGCUGCGUGGCUGGGGCGGCUGUCGUCGACUUCCAGCGCCAUUUUGUUUUGUCUAGGUCAAUUUGGUUCAAUGGAACCGCUGCAAUCAGUGUUGGCUCAGAGAGCAAAGUCGGUCUCUGCCAAUCCUUGAUGUUGACACCCACAUUUGUGGCGUCUUGACGGUGCUAACCAGUGGAAAAGAGAGGUCGCGGCCUGUUAGCUGUCCUCUAACUUCCAACACACUCAUUUUGUCAGAGUAUAAACUGUUCCGCAACAGAAGGGGUGAGUUGUGGACAGUUAUGAAAAGAGUCCAUUAUACAAAUAGGUCUCUCGAUUGGACGGUGUGAAUGAGCAAGAUGACCGGGAUUAACCCGCCAGCUGCAACAAUCCGAGAAUUCAACAAACCCCAAUUUCAUGAGGAUGCAAAGAUGAACUUUGCUGUGCUCUUUUUUCUGACCGAGGGCCUUGUAGCUGCUGCUAACAUACAAAAUGUGACUGAAAACAUGUUCCCACCAUUCCCCACUGAAAAGAAAAAACUUGACUGAAGAAGUCUACCUGCAAGCAUAAGGUUUUUGGAAACUGGCAACACAGAUGAAUUUCCUUUCAUACCAAACUAUGAUUAAUAUAUUCAUUAAUAGCUUAAUAUGAUAGAUUAUUAUAUCCACUUCAUAACAACCACCAGUUAUGUUGUAUUCAAGCUUGUAAUAAGACACCUCAUGUGUGUUAAUUGUGCCAUAUCCGUCAUGGAGCACAUCAUAAUGUAGCGCGUAUGAAAUCACUGCAUAUUCAGCUGCUGCAGCCAUCGCGCUAUUCAAACGUUCUUUUGUUGGUCACACUGCUGCAGUCUUUGCCAGGGAGCAUUAUGUGUGUGUAUCAAUAUUCAUGAGGGUCUUGCAUCGACCCUUUCAUGGUUAAUUGUGGGAGUGUGGUGGGUGGGAACAUGGGGCUUGUCCACGAGCGCACAGUUUCAAGUUGAUUGCAGUUGUAAACGUAAAAUUGUGUCCACAUGUGCCUGUGCAGAGGUUUGUAAAUGCUGUUAUUCUUACUUGCCUUUUUUUUUUGGUACAUUAACGUUUGGUAUGGAUCCUACUCUGGUCUCAGGGCUUUAACGUGUCCUUAAUGGUGCCACGAUUCUCAAAAUAGAGGUACAACUAUCGAAGGUUAGUCACUGAGUCUUAACUUCUUGUUAAAGCCUCAAUAACUAACUUUGAUACUGCUCUUCAUUUAGUGACAGUGACACUUAGCUAACAUACAGAGCUGCAGCUGCUGUGGUAUGUACUGAAAGCACAAACUACAAACACAGCUUUAAUCUGGUGUAGAUUCACUGAGCAAAGAUUUUCUUUCCUAUUCUGCUUCACUCCCUCGUUUACCCAUUGAUGCUGAAAUAGUAGAUUCAAGGACCCUUCAAUAGUGGCAGGUUCCGACCAGAUUUACAAAACUUCUGGACAGAAGCCUGCUCAAUGCACUGGGUAGAUUCUUCACUGAAAUGUGUUUCUUGAGAGAUGAAUUGGACUCUAAAUUCAAAUGUGCCCCUACUUGUUCCUGGUAAGACCUUAUCCAAAGGAAAAUAAAUAAACAUAUAUGUAUACAUAUAUGUUUAUUUUAACAGCUCAAACAUCUCUCUUUUGAGGCCAUAAACACCAAUCAACAUCAGUUCCCAGUAUAUUUUGUCUGAGGAAACCUAUCCCUACAGUACAGCCCUUCAGAUGAACUCAGCUCGUCAGAUUUGAACUGAUUUCAAGGUGGUCGCUGAUCUUAUAUGAAUCGGUAUGAAAUAUUUGAAAAAAGAUUCAAAUGUAUUGUUUCUUUUGCACCACAAUUUAAGUGAAGAGUUUUGAUUCUUUUGAAGCUCAUAAAAUCCUUUUUACAGGGAACAGUUUGCAAAAUAAAUUCAAUGUGUGUGUCUUUGCUCAAAGCUAUAGAGCUAACAGGAAACAGGGAUUGACCUUUCUGAAUAAGGAAAUUGAAUUGAUGUUGGUCAUAUACUUGGCUCCUCAUGGCCCCUGAUAUAGAAAAAUCCCAAAUCUGUCCCAGAUUUAUCCACUGAUAUUGUGUUAUUUAGCUUGAGUUAACCACUUCAACUUGUGAUGAAGUAGGUGAGAUCUCUCCUCCCUUUCUACAAGUGAAUUUGCACAUUACCAUAUCAUUUAUGUGUUAACUUUGCUAAUAUAACUGCUUCACUCACUUUCCUGGUUUUAUUUGUGUUAGCAUUGCGUUGCAAUUCACAGUUAAAGCAAACACACAGACAUAUGUUACUUUCAGUCAUCUUUAUUAUGUUGCAGAUUUGGAUAUUGUUGAAUUGAUUUUUUUCUUUUUUUCAGAAGAAACACAAUAGCUAGUGUACAAAAACACAUACCUUCAGUGAGUCAAAAAUCACUAGCAAUGAUUACAUAAUAAAGUAAGAAAUGAUAUAAAAGAAAUACAAUAAAAAAUAAUAAAUGAAUAAAAGGAAAAGGACACUGGAGUACAGAAUUAAUCAUGUAGACACAUUAAACAUGAAUCGUUUGCACUGUUUUUUGUUUUGUUUAGGAGAAAUUGUUGCGAUCUACUGCUCCGUUUCCUUCAUGAACACAAAGAAAUUUGGUUUUCUGUUUAUAAAUUUACAUUUGUGGAGGUGGAAUUUGGCAACAAAUAGGAUCAGAUUGAUGAGGGAAAAACCUUAGUCACCCUUAUUACUUUAUGUCAAUGUCACUCUUAAUCUUGUGCAAAAUAUGCUUAACAGGGUAAAAUGUAUGGAGCAACUUGAAUGAAACUUCUUUUACUUUGUUUGUUAAAAUUAACUUUUGUGGUAAGGACCACACUUUUUCCCAGUUAUUAUUACUAACAAAGUUACUCCAAUAGAACACUGCUGUGGGAGUUAAACUAAGCUGUUCUGAAACAAAGACCUAAUUCUGGGUUUCAUACCUUUAUAGCAGGUUUCUUUGUUUCUUUGUUCAUACCUACCAUUGUUUGUUCCUUUGUUAGGUCAUCGCUGACAUCAUGGGUUAAACCAACUGGUGGGGUUUCUUUUAAGUGGGAAUGUUUAGUUUGAUAGUUUAUUGUUUGUUAACAUACUGUGUUGAGAUACUGACCUUUCAUAAAGUGAAUUAGUAAUGUGCUGAGCUUGGAAAAAAGGAGUUAAAUAACAGUUAAUAUUUCCUGGUAUUAAAGGCACUGUAUGUGUCAACCCUCAGUGAAUACUGGUAUGGGCUGAAGUAGUGUAGGUGUUAAUUGAACAUCCUAUAUAUUCAGUUUUAUUUUUGCUUCUCGGGAAGGGACAACAAUGUGAGGCAAGCAUGUGCCUUUUGUUUGAGUUUUCACAAGUUCAUUUUGAAGCUAUUUUCUUUGUAUUUUCUUUAGUUUUUGACUAAGUUACACGUUUAAUGGAGAGCACUGUAAAUAAACAUUCACCUUUGGAGAGUAAAGAUGUCUGCUGAGUCUGCCUACCUACAAUCUUCCUUGACGUUCGAGCCAAACUAUUCUACAAAUGGUGGCAGUGGUGUCUCCAGGCCAGUAGGAGGCAGUGAUGCAGAGGGGAGCUAAGCCAAAGAAUCCCCAAGUGCCAGUGGAAGAUCAAAGGAAAGAGACUUGGGAUGAUCGCAAACAGCAGUGGGCAUUAGGUGAGCAACAGGGCCUGAAGCAGCAGCAAAUGGACAGGAAGGCAAAAUGGGAGAAAGACAGGCAUCGCCCGGAAGCCUGCUGGAAAAGAAUCCAGCAUCAAUUCACCCACCCUCAGCAAGGGGUGAAAUCAAAUCGCCGGGAGCGCCAGCAGCUGGUGGAAGGUGCUGUAGCUGACCCUGGAACAUGGUCAACAUCCACUGCAGAUGACGGGUCGAAAGGCCUCAAAAUGCAGCCAUACAAUAAUGAUGAAGCUAUUGAACACUACUUAACAACUUUUGAGCGAAUUGCCAGUGCACGCCAGUGGCCAAAGGAGCAGUGGGCACUUCAUCUUUCUCCACUUCUUAGUGGUAAGCCACGAGCUGCUUAUGAGGCUAUGGACUUUGAUGAUACUAUGGACUAUGCAAAGGUGAAGCGUGCUAUUUUUGACAAAUUUGAAAUAAGCACAGAGACAUAUCGAUUCAGGUUCCGCUCCACUUCGGCGGAGGAGGAGGAGACCCCCAAAGAGUUGCAUAGACGUCUGAAAGAUCUCUAUGACAAGUGGAUGGUCCCGAAAGAAAAAACAAAGGAGCAAAUAGGAGAUGCCAUUGUGAUGGAGCAGUUCCUGAGAGUGCUCAAACCUGACCUGCGUACUUGGGUAAAAGAACGAUAUCCAACCACAUCAACUCAAGCUGCAGAGUUGGCAGAAGCUUUCCAUGUCAUCACUUCAAGACAAAGUCAACCCCCUCCUGACUUGGUGAAAAAAGAACAAAUUCCAUCCACAUCAAAACAUGCUGCAGAGGUGGCAGAAGCUUUCAGUAUCAUCACUUCAAGAACAAGUCAACCCCCUCCUGACUUGGUGAAAAAAGAACAAAUUCCAUCCACAUCAAAACAUGCUGCAGAGGUGGCAGAAGCUUUCAGUGCCAUCACUUCAAGACAAAGUCAACCCCCUUCUGACUUGGUGAAAAAAGAACAAAUUCCAUCCACAUCAAAACAUGCUGCAGAGGUGGCAGAAGCUUUCAGUCUCACCACUCUAAGACAAAGUAAACCCCCUCCUGAUUUGUUGAAAAAAGAACAACAUCUAACCACAUCAAAACAUGCUACAGAGUUGCCAGAAGCUUUUCCAGUGGCCACUUCAAAACAGAGUCAAUCCCCUCCUUCAUUGGGCAAGAAAGUGGGCGUGAAUGGGUCCAGAGUUGAGAACCCAAAGCAAGGUCCCUCAAAUAGGGUUAGGGAAUUUAAACCCAGAGACCCCUCUGUAUGUCACUCAUGUGGUCAACCAGGUCAUCUUAAGGCAGACUGUCCAGGUCAGCAGGUUGAGAAGUCAUUUAGAAGUCAGAAGGUUGAGAAGUCAUAUAUGACUGUUUCACCAGCGUCUGUGCAGGGUCGGAAAGAUGAAAUUAUAGGGCUAGCAGCCCCUAGUAAUCAAGAUAGCACCACUUGUCUUUUUAUAGAUGGUAAAUGGAUUAUAUUUUUAUAGCACUUUUCUAGUCUUAUUGACCACUCAAAGCAUUUUACAGUACAAGUCACAUUCACCCACCCAUUAACACACAUUCAUACAGCACUUCUAUUGACCAUGCAUUUUCUGACACAUUUAUACAUUGUCGGAAUGCCAUAGGCAUUUUAGGGUUGCAUGUCUUGCCCAACAUAGGCAUGCGGACUAGGGGAAGCUGGGAUUGAACCGCCCUCUUAGAUUCAUGCAAUACUUGGAUUGCAAUCUUAUCAGGCAGGAAAGUGUCCCAAGGGAUGUCACCUUCAGUGGUAAAGUUAAGAUCUGGUGUGUGUAUGGUGAUGACGAAGAUCACCCCUUAGCCGAUGUCAGUAUCCAAGUGGACGGCCAAGAGUACUUAUUUUCAGUGGGUAUAAUGGAUAAACUUCCUUACCAAGUGGUGUUAGGUAGAGAUCGGCCCAUCUUUUGGGAUCUGAUAGCCAAGGCAGAGGAAAAUGAUCCCUGUGUUUCAGGUGAGAUUAUGAUGGCAGUCACCGAGUCCAAACACAGUACCCACCACUCAGAGCCGAGUCUAAGUUGGAGUGAGAUGCCUUUUGCAGACAGCAAAGUUCCUGUUGUGAAAGAAUCUAGACAUUGGUGUGCAAGGAAGAGCAGAGUGCAGAGGAGACAGGACAAAGUGAGAGGAACUAAGAUUGUGGAGCCAGUACCAGAACCAAGUAGUGACGAGCUAAUGUAAUGUAGCCGAGCUUCAAAGGCAGGACCACUCUCUAGCACCCCUAUUUUUAAAGUGUAUCCCUAGCUCGACUGAGGUCACAGAUGGGGUCAGAUGGGGUGUUCCCAAGGGUGAGCAACUGUAUCGUCGUAGCAGGGUUGGAGACCGGUUGGUGUUCCCAAGAAUUUGAGGGCCAUAGUCUUGCAACUAGCUCAUUAUGUACCUUAGGCAGGUCACUUCGGCCACCUCAAAACCUUUUCCAGAAUGACAGAUCACUUUUAUUGGCCACAGCAGUUUGCAGACACAGUUGAGUUUUGUAAAUCAUGUCCUUAGUGCCAGUUGACUGCACCUGGUAGGAAGAGUGACAGGGCCCCACUUAUCACUAUACCAGUGAUAGAGAACGGUUUCUGCUGCACUGCCAUGGACAUUGUAAGCCCACUGGAGAGGGGAAAUGCAGGUCACAUAUAUUUUAGUGGUGUGUGACUAUGCUAAAAGAUAUCCUUAGGCAUUUCCCCUGAGAAAGGUCAAGGCCCGCCAGAUUGUAAAACUGUCAGGUACAAAUCUUUUCAAGGGUUGGGAUCCCCAAAGAAAUCAUCACAGACCAGGGUUCCAACUUCACCUCAAACUUCAUGAAGGAUGUCUACGAAAUGCUGGGAAGCAUCAGAGAAAUCAAGACCAGAUCCUAUCACCCGUAGAUGUAUUUCCUGGUUGAACGCUUCAACAAAACCCUCAAAUCCAUGCUGAGGAAGUUGGUGGAAGACUCUGGGACAGACUGGGACCAAUAGCAGGUGCCGGAAGUGUCAACUGGUUUUUCGCCAUUCCAGAUCCUGUAUGGUCAUGCAAUACGGGGUCCGCUGGAUGUGCCUAUUGAGGCAUGGGAGGGCCCUAAGCCUGAGAAGCAAUGCAGUGUCCUUGCGUAUGUGUUAAAGAUGGGAGACAAGCUGGAACAGUUCCAGGAGUUGGCCAACACUCAUAUGGUGAGUGUGCAGCAGCAUCAGAAGCAGAGUUAUGAUGAAGUGGCUUGUCGGUGGAUCUUCCAAAAGGGCCAGAAAGAUCUGCUUCUUCUCCCAACAUCAAAGAGUGUACUCCUAGUCAAGUGGCAGAGGCCACAUGUGAUCAACAGGAAAGUAGGCUAGGUUACCUAUGAACAGUUCAUGCCAGAUCACCGUAAGAAGCAUCAGGUAUUCCAUGUUAAUUUGUUAAAGGAAUGGCGGGACAGACCAGCAUCAUCGCUCCAGUUGUGGGCUUGCACUGUGACUGAAGAAGUGGAAUCACAGGAGCAGUUCCUACCCACUACAGGUGAAGAUCAGUCAGUCCGAGACCUAAGUCAUCUGGCAGCUGACCAGCAGGAGGAGUUAGAGCCCAUCUUGCCUGUGGAGCUUUUCAACACCAAGCCAGGUUACACCAACCUCAUACAACACGAGAUAAGGCUCCGGUGUCCCAACCAAGAACCCUGUCAGAGACACCAUUUCCAGAAUUCCAGUGAAAAUUAUGUCUGCAUUAAAGCAGGAGGUGGAAGACAUGCUUGCCAUGGGUGUCAUUGAGCCAUAUAGAAGGAGUGCUAGUCGCCAAGAAAGAUGACAUAAAACAGAGAUUUUGCGUAAAUUUCUCUCAACUGAAUGCGGUGUCUGUAUCCCUUGCUGCCUAUCCUCCUCCAACCACCAAGAGGAAGGUAAAAUCAUUCCUGGCUUUGGAUGGGUGGUGUCAUCGCUUCAUCCCCAACUUCUCUGCGAGGUCAGCUGUUCUCAGUGACCUUACCUGUUAACCCAUCCCUACUGAGGUCAAAUGGACUUCUUGGACUCCUCCUUUUGCUGAACAAAAAUUGUUUGUGUAAUGAACCUGUGUUGCAGUGUUCAGACU